AUGGUACCGGCGAAGGGAUUCCUGCUGACGCUGCUGGUGCUGGUUGCCAGCAGCAGCUUCCACGGACACCAUCAGGUGAAGGGCGAGAAGUACGAGGACGAGGACGAUUACUACGAUUCGAGAGAGCGCGUGUUGGAAAACUCGUACCAUGGGCUGAUAAAGGAAAACGAAACAUUCGUCGAGAUAACGCCGUUGAUCAAAGUCGACGAGUCCAAGAUCUGCGGGUUUCACAUAAUCAAAAAGAGCAAGGAAAUUCCCUUUCAGAUUGAGCUUGUCAACGAGCUCGGCAUUCUGAAAGCGAAAAAGACACUAAACUGUGAAAAGCGGAAAAACUACAAAUUCGACAUCACCGCCGUGUUUUGUGAUGGAUCGCACUCGAAGAGCGCGAGCGUUCACAUCUCCGUGAUUGACAUUAAUGAAUAUUCGCCAACAUUCCUGCAGCCUUCGUACGUCACAGAGGUCGACGAGGGUCGCCUGUACCAGGAAAUUAUCCGCGUCGAAGCAACGGACAAGGACUGCACGCCCCUUUUCGGGGACGUGUGCAAGUACGAGAUCCUCACGAACGACCAACCGUUCACCAUCGACAAUGAGGGCUCGAUCCGCAACACGGAACCACUUUCGCACAAGAUCUCGCACAACCACAUCCUGUCGGUGGUGGCGUACGAUUGCGCCAUGAAGCAGUCCGCCCCGGUUAUGGUGAACAUUCGCGUCCGGCGUGUCUGCGAGGCGCACGUCAUGGGAGUGGCCGAACGUAUCGAUUACAUUGCCAACUCGAUGGAAAGCGUGUCCUUGUUCCCGAAGAUCCACCUGGAGUUGUGUGACAUGCAGUGUAAGGGCGAGGACAUGGUCAUCCAGUCGUCGGUGUCGCUCAAGACGAAGCACAUCUCGUUUGGAUGUGACCGGGACGCAAGCCAGUGUCUGCGUCGUUUAAGCGAGUCUGGCCAGUCACAGCGCGAUGGAAACGUAGAUGCCACUGGGUUGGUUGACCUGCUGCAGAAGAACACCGACUGGACGAAGGAUCUGACGUACGAUGAGGGAGCAGAAGCGAUCUUCCACUUCGAUGGAAGUUCCGGUGCGAUCGUUCCCAAGAAUAUCGUACAACCGCAGGACUUUGCCGCCCAUCAGUUCAGCAUCGUGACGAUGUUCCGGCACCACAGCAUCGCGAGCAACGACAAGCAUACGAAGGAACACAUCGUAUGCAGCGCGGACGACCACAAAAUGAACCGGCACCACAUGGCGCUGUUCGUACGCAACUGUCGGUUGAUUCUGCUGCUGCGUAAGGACUUCAACGAUGGCGAUCUGAACAUCUUCAGCCCGGCCGAGUGGCGCUGGAAGAUCCCGCAGGUUUGCGACAACGAGUGGCAUCAUUACACGGUCAACGUUGAUCUGCCGAAGGUCGAUCUGUACAUCGAUGGUAUUCGCUUCGAGAGCAACGUCGAAGAUCGGCAUAGCAAUCCGGAGGUGAUUGAUGACUGGCCACUACAUGCGGCUCACGGUAUCAACACAACGCUCGCCAUCGGUGCGUGCUAUCAGGGUUCCGAGAACAGGCUUAAGCAUGGCUUUAGUGGCGAUAUUGCGGAGAUUAAGCUGUCCACUCGGAAGGUGCUAACUGCCAACCAGAUCCGCUGCGGUACGGAUUGUGCUGAGAAGCUGUUACCACCGGCCGACCACUAUCUGGAACCGGAACAGCAGAUCCAAUCGAACACACAGAUGAACAAGAUCAUCAUCGAGGGCAGCAACAAGACAAACAUCGAGCAACUACUGCAGCAGAUUCAGUACAUCAACUCAAAGGAAAGCCCCACGAUCGGACGCCGUAACAUCCAGGUGAUGACGACGGUCAGCUGCCCGAACAAGAAGGCCAUCCGGCUACCGACGAUCGACACGUACAUCAUGGUUAGCGCAGCUAACAACCUCUCGGGUGGUGUACUUUCCGCGGCGGUUUCGUCAUCCUCAUCCGGUCUGUACAACAAGAUCUUGGUAGACAAACCACUGGCGACCGAUCAGAAACCACAGAUCGUUAUCAGCGGCAAUUCGAAUCAUCUUGUGUCGUAUCCCGAUAUCAAGGAAGGCGUAAAGAUCCUGGCACAGAUCAACAUCAGCGUGUACACGGGCAAGGACAUCCGGCCAGAGUUGCAGAAGCUCGACUCGUGCAACGUGAACGUUUUCCCUAGCCUCAACCCGGACCACGAGGAAAUCACCAUCGACGACAAGGACGGUGCCGAUGAGUCGCUGUUCAAGUUCGACAUUAAGACCCAAAUCAGCAAGGAAGGCGUCGAAAUGAUCGGUUACGAUACGAUCGAGAACUACCAGCAUGUGCUGAAGUCGUUGGUGUACAUCAACAAGAAACCGGCGUACUAUCUGAACCGCGUGUUCAAGCUAACCUGCUCCCAGGUGGACGAUCACUUCCGCAGUGCGGAGUACACGCUUACGCUGACCGUGUUGCACCCCAAGCAGCAACCAACUUCGUCCGCCUCCGCCGCAGCUCCCUCUUCGAAUGUCCUGCUUGCAAUCUCGACAGCUCCGUCGGAGCAACAUGCGGCCGUUGCCGUUGAUUCGCACGAUAACACGAACCAGUACGCGCACGCGAUGCUGCAUUCGCAUGACGUGCAGGAGUCGCAAUCAAAGAUUCGCAGCAGCUCGGGACUGCUUGGCCAUGAGAAGCUCGCGUCGUCGCACUCGACCAUGUUGAUCGUGGUGAUCUGUGCGUCGUUCGUUUUGCUCAUCUGUGGCGUUGGUAUCGCUCGUUUACGCAACAACAGCGCCGCAGCAGCUGGAGCUGGCCACGGUGGUCCGAGCGGGUUGGCCGGUGGGUAUGUACGAAACGGAGCUGACAAGCAUCUGCCGUGCCCGAAGGUGGCCCCGGACCAGCAGCUUGAUUGGGAUGAUUCCGCGCUGACCAUCACCAUCAAUCCGAUGCAGCACGAUACCCUGUCGGACGAGAGCUCCGAGUCGGACAACUCCGAUUCCGAGGACGAGGAGGUGCUCAACGGGCGCUACAAAAACGUCAGCCAGCUGGAGUGGGACAACUCCACGAUGUAA